AUGUCGCUUGAGGCAGGUGUUUCAUCUUAUCAGUUACUGAAUUAUGAAGAUGAAUCAGACGUUUCACUCUAUGGAAGGCGAGGCAACCAUAUUGUGAAUGACGUUGGGAUUAAUGUUACUGGAUCAGAUUCAGUUGCAGUAAAAGCUUCAUUUGGUGUAGUAACCAAACAUGAAGUGGAAGUAUCAGCAUUACUCAAGGAAAUUACUACGCGAAAAAUUAAUUUUGACCACAGUUUGAUACGUCAGUCCAGGAGCAGCAGAAAGGCAGUAUUGUGUGUGGUCAUGGAAAGCAUCCGAACCACACGACAGUGCUCACUGUCUGUGCACACUGGAAUUCGUGGGGAAGCCAUGAGGAAUUCCAGGGGAAGGGACAAAGCUAUUGUUUUUCCAGCACACACAACCAUAGCUUUCAGUGUUUUCGGACUCUUCAUUUACUUGGAUGGUGCCUUUGACCUUUGUGUCACUUCAGUGUCAAAAGGAGGAUUUGAAAUGGGAACGGCAACAUUUGCACUGUUCUACAGAUUGAGAAAUAUACUAUUUGAAAGAAAUAGAAGAGUGAUGGAUGCCAUUUCUCGUUCACAGCUUUACUUAGAUGAUCUUUUUUCUGACUAUUAUGACAAACCUCUCAGCAUGAGUGAUAUUUCACUCAAAGAAGGGACUCAUAUCCGAGUUAAUUUACUUAAUCACAACAUUCCAAAAGGACCUUGCAUACUCUGUGGCAUGGGGAACUUUAAAAGGGAGACGGUUUAUGGGUGCUUUCAGUGCUCUGUCGAUGGGCAGAAGUAUGUGAGACUUCAUGCAGUUCCUCGUUUUGAUGUUUGGCACAAGAGAAUGAAAUAA